AAAGGGUGGAUGACCAUAAAUGAGGAGGAGGAAUAUGCACCAGAGGUUCCUGAAACGGGAUGUCCACACGGGACGUCAGUGUGGAAAAUAGAGGAGACCCUUUCCCAGUGUUGCAUGCAGGAAAAUACCCCGGCGAGUCAAGAAAGACCUGAGUGCCCACAGGAAACCCACCUGGUGGAGGAAGCCAACACGUCGGUUCCCUGUGGAGGGAGCUGCAGGAUCCCCAGUGAAACCACGGCCCCGGUAGGACUCGACCCCGGAAGGAAACGAAACCCUUACGGAUCGUACCCUAGAAGUUCCGGCAUCCCUCCAAGAACUCGCACCGGAGGCAAACCGGUCAGGUGCCACAUCUGCGGGAAAUACUUCCUUUGCAGCUCCAAGCUCGCCGUCCAUCAGAGGAGCCACGUCGGAGAGAAGCCCUACAAGCGGCUGUAUUUGUGUAACGCCCAGCACGUGUGCCCCCCCAACCUCAGCGCGAAUUGUCCGGGCCAGGCCACCGUACUCCACAAAAUGGUCCCACGGAUCCGCGGCCAACGGUGGGAAGGCAAAGAGGUGGUGGCCCUCUUGAACGGCAUCAAGGCCAGCCCCGCCUUGGCCCUCCUCAUGAGCAGCAGCUCUCAGAGGGGGCAGCAGCACUGGGAGAAAAUUAAGGACCAGCUCCAGGCCCAAGGCUACACCAGGAACAUCGACCAGCUGAGAUCAAAGUGGAAACAGCUGAAGACGGACUUUUUCGCCGCCGGCCGGCCCGCUGCAGAAGGGAGAGAGAGGCCCAGCAUCAUACCCCCUUAUUUCAACCGGAUGAGGGGUGUGUGGGAUGCAGCAGGGCGGCCCCCCUUCAAGGACCGUCACCUGCCAGCUUCGUACCGAGCCCGAAGGCGCGAACUGGAGCGAUGCGAGGAAGAUGACGACGACGAUGAAGUGGAGGUGCAAGGCCCUUCCUGCUGACAA